AGCCUAACAGAGAGGCAGUACCAGGCAGCGCUGAGUUUGGACCUAUCAUUACCAGAUGUCAUUGUGAGAGUGGCGUGCAGCCCAAUCGCUGCUUAUUGCCUUGAACGUCUCUGCCUCUUUUCUUCUCCAUUCCUUCUGUUCCUUCUGCUUCGUCGUAACGCUCUCUAUCGUAAGUGUGGAAGUUCCUCAACAAUUGUUUCCUCUGAGUGGCUGUGGGACGCCCCUCUCUCCCUCCUGCCCUGCUCCCUUCUUUCUCUCUCUCCCGCUCCUUCUCUCUCCUCCCCUUGUUGUGACAGAGCACACCUGCUUGAUCUUGGUUGCACGCGCUCUGUGUCCAAUUACCCCACAGGCCACUUCAUAGGCUCAUCCCCCACUCAGCUGGAUUUUUGAGAGUUCAAGCCGCAUCUCGCCACUCUUCCAUUCACUUUGCCUUGGGUCUACUGUGAACAGGCUCCCCGAUAGUGGCACCAUGAGGUCGGUUUGUCUCUCCUUGCUGCUGGUCUCUGCCUGCUGGGCUCUGCCUUUUCGUCAGUCUGGGUUCAUGGACUUCAUGAUGGAGGACGAACCUGGUUCUGGUGACCAUGGGCCCAAGAUCCAAGAUAAUGACUUCCCUGUGUUGGUCGCAGGUCCCAAGUGCCCAUUCAGAUGCCAGUGUCACCUGAGAGUGAUCCAGUGUUCCGACCUAGGUCUGAAGGCAGUCCCUGAAGAUAUUCCACAUGAUACUACUCUACUGGACUUGCAGAACAACAAAAUUACAGAGAUCAAAGAAAACGACUUCAAAAACCUUAAAGGAUUACACGCUCUGAUUCUGGUAAACAACAAAAUCACAGUGAUUCAUGCCAAGGCCUUGACUCCUCUGACCAAACUGCAGCGUCUGUACCUGUCCAAGAACAUGCUGAAGGACGUGCCCGCCAACAUGCCCAAGAGUCUGCAGGAGCUCCGCAUUCACGAGAACCAGAUCACCAAGUUCAAAAAGGCUUCUUUCCAGGGCAUGGCCCACAUGAUUGUCAUGGAGCUUGGUUCAAACCCCCUGAAGAGUGCCGGAGUGGAGCCCAGUGCAUUUUCUGACCUCAAACGAGUGUCUUACAUCCGCAUUGCAGAUACAAACAUCACAGAAAUCCCCAAAGGUCUGCCCAGCUCUCUGUCUGAACUGCACCUCGAUGGAAACAAAAUCACUAAAGUGACAGCAGACAGCCUCAAAGGCCUGAAGCAACUGGCCAAACUGGGCCUAAGCUACAAUGAGAUCAGCUCAGUGGAAAACGGCACUCUGGCCAACGUGCCCCACCUGCGAGAGCUGCACCUCGACAACAACGGCCUGACCAGUGUUCCUGCGGGCCUGCCUGAUCACAAAUACAUCCAGGUGGUCUACCUCCACUCCAACAAGAUUGCCACUAUUGGAACGGAGGACUUCUGCCCUCCUGGUUUCAACACUAAAAAGGCCAUGUACUCCGGCAUCAGUCUGUUCAGUAAUCCUGUGUCUUACUGGGAGAUUCAGCCAGUCACCUUCAGAUGUGUCUUUGACCGCUCUGCCAUCCAACUCGGCAACUACAGGAAGAAGUAGAGUUCUUGCCUCUGCAAGUGUAAAUGAGUGUGCAAAUGUUUCAAGAGCGUUUGACCACAGCAUCAAAACUGACCCCAAAUGUUGUCCACUGAUGAUGUCAUUAUUAGACACACUGCACAAAGCAUCAACGCUAACCAUUCCAAACAUAUCAUUUUUAGAAAAGUAUGAAUGUUCAGCUGUUUACUGAUGAAACUAGCAAUUUUUUGACAUGUCCUCUGUUGUAUUCUUUGUGAGUAACCACACACAAGUAAACAGAAUGAGAAGUACUUUGAUUAUUCCAGAGGGGAUAAUUCUUCUGAAGGGACUUAUAACCACUCCAUUGUCUAAGAUCAAAAAUGCAAUGAAAUGUAUAAUAACAACUUAUAAGGAAUAUGAUGGAGAACCCACACCAAAUAAGAGAAUUUAAGUUGGCCUGUAGAGCAGGCAUUAAGGGCAGACAUGUGUCUUUUAUAACUAUACAAACUGGUCGAAUGUAAUGUUCCUGUGUAGAAUUAACAAUGUUGAGUAUAUUGUUGCACAAUCUGAGUUGUAUUGUCUCACCUGCAGAUAAAAUCCUAUCAUGAUUUCUUGUGCUUACUUUAGCUGUUUUACUAGCCCUGUUAUGGUAGUAUGUUGUUCCAUAAAGCCAUUUAUAAACCAUAUAUGUUUUCAAAGCCAUGUCCAAAGACUUUUUGCAUGUUUGUAUUUCCAUCUUGUGCUACAUCGUUUAAUGUCUGUUUGGUUUUGCCCUGUUGUUCCUCAUGUACCAGUGCAGAGGUGGGACAUGUGUAGACUGGUAUGCUCAUAGAACCCGAUCCUGGAGUGAAUGUUGUAUAGACGCUGUAUAUAAAUGCUGUAUGUGUAUAAAACAAAUCUCUCUUUUCUUAAAGGCACAAGCACUUAUCAUAGCUCAGACUAAUAUAUCUCCAACAACGGUGUUCCUCUUUUUCUGGAGCAGGGGCUCCCACUAAGGUGUCCUCGGAAAAUAAAAAUAUUGAUGUAAAAA